AUGUGUUCAGCAGUGUUUAUAGCCGGUCGUAGUGAACAACAACAACAUAAAGAAGAUCUUGGUGCCUUUCCUUUCAAAUAUGCAACAUUUGCUGUUAAUUACACUGAUUUAUCAGUAAGUGGUUCUGUGUUUGGAUUUUCUCAACUUAAAGCUAUAUAUCGCAAUGGACUCGGUGCAACGUUGAUUAGUGAAUUAACGGAAGAACAAAUUCGUGCUCAAACAUUCAAUAUAGCAAUACCACCAGAUAUAAACCAAGAUAAUAUUUCAUGGCCUAUGGGUGAUAAAAUAGAUGAUGACAGUUUUCCAUCGAAUAUCAAUCAAACACUACUGCAAAACGCUAUAAACGAUAUGUUUAUCGAAAAAGAUUCAACUAAACUUAUACGUACACGAGCUAUUGUUGUUGUAUACGAUGGAAAACUGAUUGCAGAACAAUAUGCUCCUGGUUUUUCACGAAUUUCAAAAUUAUUAGGUUGGAGUAUGACAAAAAGUAUAACUAGUGCACUUAUCGGUAUUUUGGUAAAAGAUAUGAAACUAAAUAUCGAUGAGCCUGCGCCAGUGCCUGAAUGGAAUAAUAAUAAUGAUCCUCGUCAUUCAAUAACAAUAAAGACUUUAUUACAGCAAACUAGCGGAUUGAAUUUUAAAGAAGAUUAUUAUUCGAAAAGUGAUGCUAUACAAAUGUUAUUUGAGACCAGCGAUAUGGCUGCAUUUGCUGCUUCACAUCCAUUAAAAGAUAAGCCAGGUACUCUAUGUUAUUAUACUAGCGGAAACAGUAAUAUAUUAUCACGUAUUAUUCGUCAUACAGUUGGCGAGAAUGAAUAUCAUUCGUUUCCUUAUCGAAAAUUAUUUUAUAAGCUUGGUAUGCAUAAUAUUCUUAUGGAAGUCGAUGCAUCAGGUACUUUUGUCGGUUCAUCAUAUUCUUGGGGUACUGCUCGUGAUUGGGCACGGUUUGGUUUAUUAUAUUUAAAUAAUGGUUUGUAUAAUAAUGAGCAGAUAUUAUCUGAAGAUUGGAUCAAACAAACAACUACACUUGGUGGUUCUAAUCAAUACGGUGAAUAUGGAUUUCAUUUUUGGUUAAAUACGGGUAAAAAUAAUGAUUCGUCUACCCGACGAUUACCAAAUGUACCUGCAGAUAUGUUUUUUGCAAGUGGUUUUGAUGGACAAGCUAUAUUUAUUAUUCCAUCUAAGAAAUUAGUAGUCGUUCGUCUAGGUUUAACACAAACACCAGGAGGAAAAUAUGGAGCCAAUGAAUUUUUAAAUAAUGUUAUUAAUUCAAUUAAUUAA